GAUCCCUCCACACACAUCAGACGUCUAAUCACCACCACAUACCAAGUCCCAGCCAACAGACGUCACCGCAGUCAACGACUCCGGUGGCGGGUGCAGGUUCACCAGGUGGGGGGCCGGGGAGUACCCCAAGUAUGGCGGCCAGAGCUAGCAGUAUGUUCUGCUACCACUGUCCUCCUGGUCUCCCGGCCCCCCGAUUACCGCCGACAUUGGAGUAUACGUUUGCACCGACGCAUCCGUACACCAGCUACUCCGCUUAUCACCCAGCCCUCCACGGAGUCGGCGAGGAUUCAUUUGUCCGCAGAAAACAAAGAAGAAAUCGCACAACAUUCACCCUUCAGCAGCUCGAGGAACUCGAGUCAGCAUUCGCCCAGACCCACUAUCCGGAUGUCUUUACGCGUGAGGAUCUGGCGAUGAAGAUAAACCUGACGGAGGCGAGAGUGCAGGUGUGGUUUCAAAAUCGUCGAGCAAAGUGGCGGAAGAGUGAACGUCUCAAAGAGGAACAACGAAAGCGUGAUGGGAGUAGUGGACCGGCGUCGGGUCCUUUGGAAGGCCUACCGCCGUCAUCGUCGAGCGGUCCCUCACCGACCAGUCACCACGACACCGAAGCAGGUAGUGCUGAAGGCGAAGACAAUGGCCACGAAGUUGGCACUGGCUCGCGAAGUCCGAGUACAACAUCAGCAUCAGUGAGCCCCCGACCCCAACAGUCCCAGAGUCAGCCAUCACUGAGUGGUACAGCGACGCCACCGCCGACACCGGUGAGGGCGCCACUGCCAGUCAGCACAGCAGGUGGCAGUCUCGUUCCGCCCACGGAGAGCAUCACAGGUACAGGUUUCAGGCCAGUGGAGCCUCCAACGUCGCUGUUCUUCUCACCUCACCUGGCAGCCCAAUUCUCACCACCACUUUUUAGCAACAAAAUCAUCAGUUCAACAACAACAUCGCUGACAUCAGCAACACCAAGUCUCUGGACAACGAGUGAUCAUCGACCCAGUAGCCUUCAGGAUAUGCUAGCAUGGGCACCAGGCUGGCCAGGAUCACUCUGUGGUUGCUGCAAGCCAGGGAGCGGUGAUCUUCACAGGACAAGCAGCCUUGCUGAACUGAGACGAAAGGCACAGGAGCACUCAACAGCAACUGCACUACUCGGUGGUUUAGCUGGUUUUCCAGGUGGUCUACCACUGCCCCUGCAUUUACCAUUACUACCACCGUUACUUGGCCUCUCGAGGAGGCCUGAACACCAUCAUUUGCCAAGCGUUGUUCAUCAAAUUCAACCCAGUACUAAGGAAGAUCCUUAAAUAAUCUUCUCACAUCAUUGGCAGUCUACCUCUCACCACUAUUUAGCAAUAAAAUCAUCGGUGCAAAUGGAUAUUCCUAAGAUGAGCAAUUCUGGGUCACGUGACUACAAGUGAUAAUGGAGUUUGUAAUCUUCGGGAUAGGCCAGUGUGGUAGCGAUGAUCUCCAGAGGGCAAGGGGUCUUGUUGAAUUUAGUUGGUUUUCCCGAAUUCAGCCCAGUACUAAAGAGGAUUUGUAGAGAAUUCAGGUGUCUUGAAAAGGAUGUGUUGCAAUAUCCUAGGGCAUUUCAGUCGUUAUGGAGGAGUAUCUGGAGGCUGUACUCGAGUGGAAUAAGGAGAGGAGAUAGUGAAUAUUGCUGUUUGCCACUACGCACUCAAUUUUUUAUUUAGAGAAAACUUUAAGUACUUCCUUGUUUCACUUUAUUACAGGAUAAGAAAGAGUUCGAGAUUAAAUCAGGACCAAGUUUUUAAGUGUGCCUGAUCAAUAAAAUAACGUAGGACCAUCGUGACUUUUUUGUGGGCAAAGAAAAUGUGAUUAAGAGGAAGGAAAGAACAUCGUACAGAUACACAAGAUAAUUCUGCAAAUGCUAUGAUGAUAUUCAUGGGUAUUAAUUGAAUCAGAGAGGAGAGGCAAGAAAAACGUAAGCAAAGAAUCUAGAAGAUCUUUGAAAAUUAGUUCACAGAGUUUGCUCCGAUCAUGCAUUAAAAAAUUGGGACAAAUGAAACUAAAACUUGUAUAAUAAUUUUGUUUGAUAAACGUCACUGUAAUUGGCGGAUGUAAACAAUAAAGAAUCACAGAAUUUAAAAAUUAUACAAUUAUAAAUAAUGCAAUCUAGAUGAUAUUGUAGCUCUACGUAAUGGUAGUUGUAUGAAAUAAACUUGUUCUCGUGAUACACGUCGUCUCUCAGAUU